GAUAAUAGAAGAAUCUCUCCCCUCAGAGCAUGGUUAUGCACGCAUGCAUUUUCAAGUUUAGAGAAGUUCCAACAACUAGAAUUAACGGAUUACAGCAAACCACUGAUUUUUCAAGCCGAAACCCCACUAAGGAAGUUUGUUGCAUACAUUGACCCUGAAAACAAAUUUAAUAUAGAAGACAAAUUAUCUCAGAUAAAUACCCUGCAGCAGUUGCAGAACAUAGCUAGUUAUGGAUUUCUUAAAAGCCGUCUGGAAAAGCACGAAUUACAUAUACAUGCUCUCUGGUUUGAUAUCUACACUGGAGAGGUUUAUUAUUUUAGCAGAUCUGCAAAGCAAUUUGUUUUAAUAGAUGAGGAAAGUUUUGCAAAACUAUUGGGUGAAGUAGAACAAUAUUAUUCUUAGAUUAGAUCAAUUUUUACAUAUUUUAUAUUUUUCUAUCAACUAUUUUUCUAUAUAGAUCUCCAAUUAAAUAUACCUAUUUAAUGUUCUGAGAUUCCUUAAUAAUUUGUUGCAUUUAUUUUUCUAUAAACUGAAAUAAAAACCUUUGUUUUAAUAUCCUAAGAUACUUAAGAAAAAAACUGGUAUUUUGUAAUUCGAACAACACAGAGGCUUUUUCAGAAAGCUAGAAAAAAAUUAUUUUAGAAUUGAUUUUAUUUUUCAUAAUUUAAAUACAUAUCUAACAUUCUACUUUAGAAGGUUUCACCUCUCGACUGGCAAAGUAAAGGUGAUUUUGGAAUUGCUACUAUUGAGAUGCUACCUCGGGAAGAAUUCUUUUCUUUAUUAGCUUUAGAACUUACAAGUUUAAAUUAAAAAUGGGUAUACUAUUGAUGAAUAUUUAUAUUUAUUUACUUCAUUUCUUUUUGUAUUUCAUAUA